AUGCACGCCUACAACCGCUCUGGCUCUACCUCGAGCACCCUCUUGGCCCCACCAAACGCCCCUCUUAUCGAAGAAGACAUCCUAUCAGCUGGAAAAGCGCGUAUGCCAGGAUCGAAAGCCACACCUCGCCUGCGCACAUCCAAGACACAUAUACCUUUGCUUCCUAAACCUCACUACAGACGCAUUCCAAAAGCGCCCAGACCCGACGUCCACGUUUUCCUCCCUCCUCCUCCAUAUAGCGAGUCUACAUCAUUCCUCGCCGUUCCGAACAACACACCUGCGACUACCCCACCCCUCCCUCCACUCAGUAGCAGUAGCAGCUCAGAUGAUUCCGUUACGCUCAGAACUCCCAACAUCUUUUCUGGUGGUCGAUCAGGACUAGUGGGUCUCGGUUUCGAAGGCCUAGAGAAAGGGGGAGGCGGGGUAUUCGACGGGCUCGGAAGACUCAGCGAUGGGUUUAGGUUAUCCGAAUCCUUAUCUGGCGAAGAGAAAUCCAGCAAAGUUCUGUCGAAAGCGGUUGUACGGCCUAAGAAGAAACAUGACGUGUUUUUCCCGUGUCCGCACCACUCUAGGUCGCUCUCGCCUGUGUCAUUCUUAGCACAGGCGCUUCCCAACACUGCGAUGAUGCAGUUCCGGAUUCAUCGUCGGAAUGAUAGCGGAUCACCUACGCCUCAUAUGAAGAAUGAUCCUAGUAGGGGCACUGUAUCGACCGAGUUGAAGCGAGCUGCUGGAAUUGAGCGUCGGGCAUCUUUGAGUCGGUGUGGUGGUAGAUGGCGGUAA